CUUUCGUGACGUCAUUGCGAUUUAAAUGCAGCUUGAGAGCCGCUGUUGCAAGUCAGUGUUAUUCUUCUUUUGUCGUCCGCUCUCUGGGAGUCCACUACUACGCCUAUGUGGCCGUCCUACCCCGUCACCUAUACAUAACAAUGGGGCAGCUCUUCACCAAACUCAUGAGCAUUUUCGGCAACAAGGAACACAAGGUAAUCAUUGUUGGACUGGACAAUGCUGGGAAGACCACCAUCCUGUAUCAGUUUCUUAUGAAUGAGGUGGUUCACACCGCACCAACGAUUGGCAGCAAUGUUGAGGAAAUUGUCCUGCGGAACACUCACUUCCUGAUGUGGGACAUAGGAGGUCAGGAGACUCUAAGAGCCACAUGGAACAGUUACUACUCCAACACAGAGUUUGUAAUUCUGGUGAUCGAUAGCACUGAUCGAGAACGGCUGCCAGAGACACGGGACGAGCUGUAUAAGAUGUUGGCACACGAGGAUCUACAAAAUGCAGCAGUUUUAAUCUUUGCCAACAAGCAAGAUGUAAAGGACUCCAUGACUGCUUCAGAGAUUUCUGCUUUGCUGGCACUUAGUGCCAUAAAAGACAGAGCCUGGCACAUUCAGGGUUGCUGUGCUCUCACUGGAGAAGGGUUACAUGCUGGUCUGGACUGGUUGAAGUCUCGAGUCACUGCUAACUGACUGUGCUGGACCUUCUAUUAUGUGUGUGCUGGACACUUGCAUACUUUUAUACAUAUCACUUCUUUUUUAUAUGGUCUUUCUUAUAUUCAGCAAGAACUGAUGAAGUUAUGGACUAAACUAAAUGAGCUGUGGGUGGCUCUGGAAAGCAUGCUGCUGAACGCAUCCCGCUGAGGGUGCAUGAAAUGGUCUGUCAUUUGCAAGACUUCCAAGUGGAUUUCAUUUCAUGAUUUCAUGCUGUGAUCUUGAUCUAUAUGACCGGACAGAAGAAUCUAUUUUUUUUUUAGGGUCACCGUAUUUAAUCUGUGAACUCUGUGUUGAAGCCAUGCAUCUUGUUACAUCACCUCUAACUUGGGAAAGUUAUGCAGCUCACAGUGUUAUGGCUGCUUUCAGCGCUGAACGUUGUCAUUUUGUCACAUGUAUAGUUUUGUAAUUCCAGUAUUUCUACCUCAGCUUUUUCUUACAGUGUUUUGGUUUCAUUGCGCAGUCUGCUACAAAGAGGAAGAGACCUUUUUAAUGUGGGUCAUAUGAGAGCACCCACAGCUGUGGUGUGUGUGUGUGUGUGUGUGUGUUUUUUUUUUUUUUUUUGGUUUUUUUUUUUUUGUUUUUUUUUGCAACUCAACAGGGAAAGAUAGUUUAAGACAUAUUUUUAACCCUUUCAUGUGACAAAUUUUUAUCUUUACCUUUCUUUGGUUAAGGUCGGUAAUGCAGCCUUAAGCAGCGCAGACCACUUAGAGAGGGAAGUUAAAUUGCACUUUAGCAAAACUGUGUAUAUAUAUAUAUAUUCCCCCAUUUAAAGGUUAUUUAUAUUUUUGAAAUGUCUGCUUGAAAAAGCGUUUUUAUAUAUAUCUUUGUAUUAACCCAAUAUGCAGAUUACAGCUCAGAGAGUCUGUGGCUAGAGUAAGUUCAAUGGUAUGAAGAUGUUUCAUUGGUGCUAUAAACCUCUGUGAGGGGUAACUGUGUACAUAGUAUUAACCCUUUCUCUGCCUGCUUGUGCAGGGUGCUGGCAUUGUCUGUACAUCAGGCCUCAGUCUGGGAACAUUAAACUAUUCUUACACCAUC